GGGAGAAACGGAACCGGAAUUCAACUUCGUCCAUGGGCAAAACAGGCAGAACUGUGUGAGUUGUUGCAACACUUUGAAAAGUUGCUAAGGACUUGGAGGAACAUAUUCGACAACAGAGUGCAGGUUCACUCAAAAAAUGUCGGAGGUUCAAGGUCAGCCUCAGGGUGGCACGAGCUUCAAAAGACCAGCUCGAGAGAAAGUCAACUCAGCCACCAAACCCAAGAAACGCAAACGUUUGCCUUUGUCCGAACCAGGCACACGCAGGUCUCGAGUGAACAUUGGAAUGGCACUUAAUAGGUGGCGUGCACUGAAAGCAGCAAAAGGAUUGAACUCUGAUGCAGCAGUGGCCGUAUAUCUUCUUGAUGUAAUGAAGAGGAUGCCCAACACGUCAGCUUCCACUGGAGCCGACAAUCUACACAUGCAGUUCUCCCGAUCGGAAGUACAAGCUCUGAUCAAGCAGGAGGUUCGCAGUGCAGUGCAGAAGAAUGAAGCCAGACUGCAGGGUUUAAUAGAAACUAUUCAACAGCUGGAUAAUGGACUCGACUAUGAAAUGUCCAUUAAAAAACUGAAGGCUCGAAUUAGCAGAAUGUCGAAGAAAGCAGAAGCAGCUCUUACCUACGUAACAAAGACACGCAUAAAGAGACCUUCCCAUGGUAAAGGGGAUGUCAUCUGUUUAGAUUCAGAGGAUGAAACCGCGGAAACCAUGUCACAGAAUGGAAAGAGCACAGGUCGGCCGGCCAAGACUGAAGGGCUCUUUCACAUGAUGGAAACCACAAAAAAGGCACUAAAGAAGGCGCGUGGAUUUAAUGAAGCUGUGACGGCGUCCAGAGAAGAUUUAGAAAAGAAGCCCUCUUCACCAGUUCCUAUGUCUUCUAACCCUUGUGAGGAAAGCUUAACAAAGAAACUAAAGAAGAGAACAUCUGAUGCAGCAGAAUUAAAUCAGGAGCAGCCUCCUCCAGUUCUUAGUCCACAAGGUUCUCCAGAGAGUAAGGGCCUUGGCAGGGUUAUAAAGGAAGAGCCUGAGGAUCCACAGGAAAGAGAAAACAAUAAUGAGGACUUGGAGCAGUUUGAGGAGCCCAAGGCUAAAAAGCUGAAAGUAGAAUGCGUCUCUUCUGGCAGCGCUAACAGUCCCAGCCACACAGAUAGAGACGUAGUCCAGCGUGGGCUCUUGUUUCCUCCUCUUCCCGCCACCACCUUCCCCUCCACCCUGAGCAUGGAAGCGGCCUCGUACAGCAUCCCUCAGAAGCUAGAGGUGCAGCUGGCACUCAUCAAGAACCCCACCAGUCUCUCAGUGCUGUGGAGGGUGGCGGAGGAAGUCCCUUCUCCCCCACCGAUGGAUAGUUACACGAUCUUCUUGACUAUGGAGAAAACUAAAGGUAGCGGCGUCUUCCCAGACUGGAAAGUCCUUGGCGAGGUGAAGGCCAUCGAGCUGCCCAUGUGUGUGCUGAUCAGAAAGCACAAGCCCGGCCACAAGGUGUGUGCUGCCGUGGUGGGCAAAGACGUGUUCGGUCGGUAUGGACCCUAUAGUACGGUUGCAACAGCAGCCAUUCCUGACUAGUUGGACAGAGGAAGUGAUUUAAAGUGGGAGACGAUACAAACAGCUGCCUGGAGCAGGAUUCACUCAUUUUGGACUAUAAAUACAAAACAGCAUUUUCGGCUGCGUCAAGUUCAAAGAUAUAGACUUUUUAUUGUUGUUUACGAGUUACAGUGCUAUUUUGACACUAUUGAAUGUUUUUAAGCAAUACAACUUAAUUAUUUGUGCAUAAAUGUAAUAAGGACCAAUGCGGUCCCAUGUAUCUCUUUUAUUUCGAGAUAAAGGAAUGUAAAGUAACAUAUUUUCAUCUUACAUUUUAUGUAUUUUCUUGUAUUCUCAGUAUAUUCUGCCAUUUUUUUCCCCCUAUGAUAUUCAGUUUGGUUCUCUUUAGACUGAAGCUUGUUUAUUUCGCAGGCAGCUGCAACUUCAGUCACAUCAGCAUCACAUGGAGUAUUUUUGUUGCCAGCGGUUUAAUGUUAGUUUGUCAGUGCGUUGCGACACGCUUGUCUUUUUGUUUGGGAUAUACAUUUGCAUGGAAACUUAUAGAAACAGAACACAAAGAUUUCUACAUCGAUUAUCAUCGUUAUUGCACUUCUGUCAGUUCAAUGUAAAAGGCCUUGUUUUUUUUUGUUUGUAUUGUUAUGGAUCCACAAAGUGUUUAAUACUGAAUAAAUAAAAAUGUUCUUAUAAAAAAGUAA